AAUCAACCUUGGAAGAACCAUCACAAUGGCUACUCCCUCCAAAGAUCGAGUUGAGCCAGGCUCAGUCAACAUUCCAAUCGGAAAGUAUCCAUCGACAGUCCCAUUAGACCCGUCCGGGUCACCACCGGCGGUAGAAAUUGCCUCCAAACUCGUGGAAGACUUCAAUCAAGCCCUGGCCAACAAAGAUCCUCACGCCAUCUCCCAAUUAUUCUUUCCAACCGGUUAUUGGCGUGACCAUCUCGCUCUCUCAUGGGACUUUCACACGUUAUCUGGCCGAGAAAGUAUUGCCAAAUUCUUGAGCACGAACGGUAUACGAAUUACCAAAGUCGAGCUUGAUAUAUCAACGGCUGCUCGAACACCGCAUUUUGGACCUAUCGACGGCGGGCUGGGAGAAGCCAAUGGCGUGGAAUUCUUUAUCAAAUUUACGUCUGAUAUUGGGUCUGGAAAUGGCGUGGCGAGGGUAGCUGAAGAAUCCGCCGGACAAUGGAGGUUCUUCUUGCUGUCGACUACACUGUCUGAAUUGACCGGUCACGAACGCCGGAUCAAUCGGCUUAGGCCAAAGGGGGUGGAGCAUGGAGGGGAUCCCAACCGACAGAAUUGGAAAGAGAGACGUGCUGCAGAAAUUAACCUUGAGAAUAGGCAGCCGCAGGUUAUUAUCAUUGGUGCCGGCCAAGCAGGACUGACUGUCGCUGCAUCGUUGAAAUUGCUUGGCGUUGAAACUCUCAUCAUCGACCGCGAGGACCAUAUUGGCGACAAUUGGCGAAACAGAUAUCGACAUCUCGUACUUCAUGAUCCCGUCUGGAUGGAUCAUUUACCCUAUAUGCCCUUCCCGCCAACAUGGCCCAUCUUCACACCCAAGGAUAAACUUGCAGAUUUCUUGGAGUCAUAUGCAUCGUUCCUUGAAUUGAAUGUAUGGACAAAGACGAAUUUGACUUCAUCAUCAUGGGACGAUAGCACAAAACAGUGGGCUGUGACAGUCGAAAGGCAGAAAGAAGACGGGAGCAAAGAAUCUCGCACUUUUAAACCACAUCAUGUUAUUCUGGCAACUGGCCAUUCGGGUAAAAAGAACUUCCCUACCAUCAAAGGCAUGGACUCUUUUGCAGGUGACCGACUUUGCCAUAGCUCCGAAUUUACUGGUGCGUUCUCUCAGACGGAUUCAGCAAAGCCGAAAAAAGCUGUUGUCGUUGGUUGCUGCAAUUCAGGCCAUGAUAUCGCGCAGGACUUUUACGAAAAAGGAUACGAUAUCACCAUGGUACAACGCAGUUCGACUCUAGUCGUCUCAUCUACUUCCAUCCUCGCAGUGUACGUCAAAAGUCUCUUUGACGAAGACGGUCCCGCCACCGAAGACGCGGAUUUAUGGAUUCAAAGCUUUCCCGCUGAAGUUUUCAAGGGUAUUCAAAUCAAAGCCACAGAUAUAGCCGCCACCCAAAUUGACGCCGAAAUCAUUAGCGGUCUCGAAAAAGUCGGAUUCAAAGUAGACCGUGGUCCCGACGACGGCGGCAUCUUUAUGAAAUAUUACCAGCGUGGCGGAGGAUACUACAUCGACGUCGGAGCGAGCCAGUUAAUUAUUGACGGUAAAAUCAAGAUUAAACAGGGACAAGAAAUCACUCAAAUCUUACCGCAUGGUAUUGAAUUUGCCGACGGCUCUGUCCUGGAGGCUGAUGAAAUCGUGUUCGCUACGGGAUACCAGAAUAUGCGGACAGAGGCGAGACAUAUAUUCGGUGACACCGUUGCGGAUCGUUUGGGUUCUGUUUGGGGAUAUGAUAAGGAAGGAGAGUUUAGAUCUAUUUGGAGACCGAGUGGACAUCCGGGGUUUUGGUAUAUGGGUGGUAAUCUGGCGCUGUGUAGGUAUUAUUCGAAGUUGUUGGCUUUGCAGAUUAAGGCUAUUGAGGAGGGGCUGAAUACGGUUCAAAACUAAGCCAUGGUAUCUUCAUUCAGAAGUCUAUUCUCCCGAGAAAUACCGAUUAUACCUGGUUACUGUUUUCGCCAGAGUUUACGCCUCUGGACUCUGUAUCCUCUUCACCGUUCUGAUUCUCAGCCUCUUCUAUCUUCUCCUUGAACGUAGUCGGAUGUCUCUGCCACGUCCCCAGGACACAUAUCAAUGCCAACCCCGUAAUACCCAUAUUAAUGUCCAACUGCGUCACAAACGCAUUCGCAAAUGGCCUCCGUACAGUCUCCGCCUGUUCCGGCGUAAGUAAUGUCAUGGCAAGCAACGAAUGUCGUAAA